AUGACAGCUAACAAACAACCGUUAAGUGCCGCAACAAAUCGCCAAAAAUUGAAAACUGUGGGAAUACCGCUCCACGUCAGGGACGCCGCAAAAGCCACGCCAAGCCCACACAUAGCUACAAAUCUCGUUUGCCCAUGGUGGGUUGCGUACACAGCGAGAAAAUGUGGGUUUACUCAAAAGUUCGAAUUUGUAUUAAAAUCCUCUACGAUGAAGUAACUAUACUAUAUUUAUAUUUAUCUUUUGCUAAUAUCUAUAUAUUAA